UAGUCAAUCGGUGUCCGGCCGAAACGAAAGAUCUCUGCUAUUGCCGAGCAAACGAAAUUUUAGCUAGUAUAGAACACUUCUUUUAAUUUACAAUUUUAAUUGAUUGCAACUAAUUGAGAUACUCCCCAACGAAACGAAGAUAACUCACUCAAACUCCGACGAACUUGUGUAACUACUAAGAAACAUUGCGAGCUUCCUUAAACGAACUUUGUGAAAUAUUAAAAGAAUUAUAGGAAAUUGUGCGAAACAUUUGUCGAAGAACUGCUCCACAUACCGACAAUCUUAGUCUGUGCGCGAAAAAAGUCUAUUGAAAAUUAACGUAUUGACGUCAUUACACUGCAAGAAACAGUGGAAAGAGGCAGUAAAUAAACUGUUUACAUUACAACAUCGUCGGGCAAGUGAGUGAGUGAAUAUAUACAAGUUUGAGGCACGCCAAACUUUGGUCUACGACGCCCAAGGAUUUCAGAGCUAAUGAUUGAAGAGAAUCCAACGAUGACCAGGUGAAGUAUAGCAGGGACUUUCGAAGGGUCGGAACGCACCGCAUAUGCAGUACUUGAAAAAGCAGAAACCCAAAAAAAACGACGGCAACAUUUUUAUAUAAUAAAGUUACAUAAAAAUGGCUGAAAACCAAACAAAAACGACCUCUAGCAAGGGAUGCAAUGUGAGCAGGACCACCCAUGUCCUGGCGCCGCACAAUGGGACUGUGUCGCGCAGGACGGAUCCUGGCUCCAAGAACAGAGAGAGCUUCCAAACGGAAAAGCACGAUAUCGAAGACUGGCAAACGAUGGCCAAGAACAAGCUGAAGCGCAAAAAGAAACUGAGCACCUCCCUAACUUCCGUGGGGGAUACGGUGAACCAGGAGAAGCGCACCCGCAUCGAGGGCAUCCAGCUGCAGUGUCGCGGAAAACUGCGACCCCAGGAUACUGAAUCCUUCGAGGCCGAAAGGCCCCUUUCAACGGGAUCAACCAAGCAGAUAGUAAAGGUUGAAAAAGAUCGGGAACGGGAGCGUCCCGUAAUUAUUGGCGGCGUAACGACCACAAAUGUGAUAGCAGCUCCUCCGCAGAGGAUCAAGAGAAAGCUGCAGGAGAAUCUGGACACCAUCCAGAAACUAAAUGCCCUCACUGAGCAACUUCGUCUGGAGGUUAAUGAACUGAAGUCCAGCCUGAUCACAGAACGCGGAGCAGUGAGGGCUCUAAGAGCUCAGAAUGACGCAGAUAGUCGUCGGUGGAAGAGCGAGGUGAAGAAACUGCAGCACGCAUUGGAAAUUGCAAAGAAGAGCAAUGGGAUAAAGAAGCCCAUCGAAUCGGGCCCAGAUUCGGCCGGCAUUCACGUGACCGCCGAUGGCCUCAUCAACUAUGAAAUCCAAAGACUGACUAACGAGAUCGCCGUGCUGAAGGAAGCGAAUCGAACCAAGGAGGAGAAGACCCAGAUUAUGGGGCAGGCUGAUAGACUCAAGGCUGCCGAUAUGCGGCAAUUGAAGAACGCGUACGAAAACCGAUUGACUCACAUACAGAAAUCAGCCAAAAUUGAAAUAACACGUUUGCUAGAGGAAAUAAAGACCAAAGAGCGUAAUAUAGGACAACUGAGGAAGGACUUGCUGGCACUGCAGAGUCCCAAGAAGCAGAGGCACAAUGAAGCCAAAGUGCCAGCCACGACGAAACCCAAAACGAACCCCAACGAAACGAGCCAAAAGCCAAAGAAACCCACUUCGAAGCCAACGGGAGAAACAAAAGCUAAAACCGAACCAGAUACAGAUAUAGUCGAGCAAAAUGCCAUACGCCAGGCUCAAGUUACACCUGAGAUAACCCAACUCAAGAACAUUGAGCUAAUCAACAAUACGAAAAAUGCACAUAAAUCAGCGCUCGAGAUGCGCACAACAAUGAAGAGUAGUCAACCGAAUGGAUUGGAUGAUGCUCCUCCUCGCAUGAGGGCCCCCGACGAGAUGAGGGCCACCACUUGGAUGACGACGCUGCUCGGCAUCCAUCAUCCGGCGGCAGCCAAGUCGAAGGACCCCAAUUCGGACACGGACUCGGCUUUGUCCUCGGCCCCGCCCUCCAUCAGCCCGCAGCCGCCCUCGAGCGGAUCCGACAGCGGCGUGAUUUGGCAGACUCUGCAGGACCUGGACAAGCUGCAAAAGGAAGCGGAAAUGUACCAGAAGGAGAACGAGCGCCUGCAAACGGAGGUGCAGCUGAUGAAACAGGAGCUGGAGGCCGCGGAGAAGGCGGCGAUGAGCAGCGGUAAGAAGCAGGCCCAGAUUGGGGAGCUGAUGCAGCGGAUCAAGGAGCUGGAGGAGAAGCACUCCUCCUUCGAGGACGAGACCAGCGAGCUGCGCGAACAGAACGAACUUCUGGAGUUUCGCAUUCUCGAGCUGGAGGAUGAUAGCGAUAAGAUGGAGAGCACCUGCGAGGGCCACUGCCAGAGUCUGCAGGAUCUGCUGGAGCAGUCUGCCCAGCAACUGGAGGAUCGGGACAAGCGCUGCCUGCAACAACUGCUGCAGUGCGUCCAGCAACUGGACCUGGACGCCAUGAUGCCAGGCGAUCAGAACCGCACGGAAACUCCCCGGAGGCACAACCCAACCCAAAGUCACAACCACAGUCAGAGUCACAAUCAUAGGAUCGUAGCCACCGUCCAGCCGUACAGCAAUUGUGCCACGCCCACCACUCCGCCCACGCCCAGUAAGAGGCACUGCAGCCAGGUGAGCUCGUGGCAGAGCAGCAGUCUCAGCGAGAGUGGAGUAUUUGUGGAGUGCGAUCUGCCGUCGAACAACGUGAACCACCCGCAUCUACAGUUCUACCAGGAGAGAUUGGAGCAACUGGAGGGCAAGCUGCUGAUCUACGAGAGCAGUGGUGAGACGCAGGCCAGGCACUUGGCCCAGAGAUUGCAGAGGGAACUGCAGCUGGAGAAGGAUCUCAAGGAGCUGGGCGACCGGGUGGAACUGCUAACCGAUCAGAACGCCCAAUUGGAGGAGGCCAAGUGCGAGUUCGAGGAGGCGGAGAACGACACGCGACUCCAUCUGCAGCGCAACGAGGUGGAACUGGAAAUCCUGCGCCAGCGCAACGUGGAGUUGGAAUUCGGCAAGGAGGCACUGGGCGCCAAGUACCAGGAUUGCAGGGCAGAGGUUCUCAUCCUGCGCGAGGAUCUGGUAGCAGCUGAAACCCAGUUGGAGCAUCUCCAAACGGAACGAAAGCAAGCCAGAAAAGAGCUGCAGGAUCUGCGCAGAUCCUUGCCUUUGCUGCUGAUCUGUCGUUUGUUAUCAUUGGCCAAAAUGGGCAACAACAUUUCAUCCCCGGAAAACAGUCCUCGUCUCUCCUCCGGCUACACUUCCUCAGGCCAAGGAGGUCAGGUUCAUGGUGCCAAAAUGCACACAUCGGACUUUAGUCUCGGUCAAGCGGGAUAUGCAGAUCCUGGCGAGGGUCGCGAGAUCGUAUACCUCAAGGAAGAGGUCAAGAGCCUGCGAAGCCAACUGAAAGAGCUGAAUGCCCGGCACUAUGAGGCCAUGGAGACGGCCGAUUCCCACUGGGUGGAUCUGGAGCAGCAGUACAAGGAGCGCGAGGAGGCCUACAGAUCCAAGGAGGCCAGUCUCAAGCAGAAGAUAGGCCAACUGCAGGAUUGCCUGCGGGAGGACUCGCGGGCGGCCACCGAAAAGAUCCAGCAGCUGGAGGAGGGCGAACAGGCACUGAAGACUUGCCUGGUUCGGAUGACCAAGGAGCAUCGCGAUCUGCUCACCGAGAAUCGCACGCUGCAGUGCAGCAUGGAGAGCGUGAUGGCCAAGAUGGAGAUGGAGGCGGAGCACAAGAUGCCCCUAACGGAGGCACUGGAAACCGAAAGGCGACGAAGCCAGGCCCUAAUGGAUGACCUGAGCUUUGCCAAGAAGGUCCAACAAAAUACUGAAGAUCAAUUGAGACAGGAGACGGAUGCUCUGCGCACCCAGAUCUUUGACAUCAAGAAGGAGUACCUGCACAUCGAGGUCACCAACAGCGAACUGAAGGAGGAGGUGGGCACGCUGGAGAACAAGAUCCGCCAGAUGGAGACGCAGAUGAAGGACUCGGAGGAGCGGGCACGCUGCCUGGAGGACGAGCUGCGCACCAAGGACGAGCAGUGCCAGCUCAUGGAGCGCAAACUGGGCGUCAUUCCCGAGGGCUACAGCCUGGCCGAUGAGCUCUACGAUAGUCCUGCCAAACGGGCCAAGAAGGACGAAGUGCCGAGUCUGCAGGCCGCCAGCCAAGGAUUGGGCGUGGCCCUGCUCGACCUGGAGGGUCGCGAUUUUGAGCUGCCCCUCCACAAGGACUUCCAGGCGAUCGCCUGCAGCGUGAAGCAUCUGGCGGACACCCUCCUCUCGCAGAGUCCGUCUGAGAAUGCCCGGCUCUGAUGUACAUGCAGCAUGAGCGACAUUCCGACAACGACCCCAACUCCCGCCACCAACAGACCGAGCAAUCCUACCUGAAAUCCCACUGGAAGCCGACAAAG